AUGAACAAUAAUCUCAUCAUCGCCACCAUCGUCAUCCUCGCGCUCACCGGAUGUGCAUGCGGCUGGCUCUACUCACUCCGAUGGCGCUCUGAAGUUCGAGACGGUUUACUGGAGGCCAGUGCAGAUGUCCGACAGAGGAAGAUGGAGCUGAGGGCUAUAUCCCGAGGACGGGCUCAAAGACGUACACAAGAGAGGUCCCAGACGCGAUCAUCUCCCCAGCCUGCGAGACCUUCUGGUUCCUCUAAACGGAAGCCAAAAGUUGUCAACGUGAAAAAGACACAACAGCGCCAGAAACAACCGCGGCAACAGCAGACAUAUAUUUCUACCUCUGAGCAAGAUCAAUGGGGUAGUCGUAACGAUGGUGCGGCGCCAGCGGAGACUACUACUGAAAAUGAGUGGGCAAAUGCGGAUACAUCAGCUACACAGUCAACAGAAGGGCAACCUCCAGCAGAUAGUGAAUGGUCGAGCAAUGCUGGAGAGACAGGCGGGUCUCAGACACCCGAUCAGCCCGAAAGCUCUGAAUGGACUGCCGACAAUCAGACACAAGGUGGAUGGCAUGCAGAUGAUGGAAUGGUACAAGGGGAAGGAAAUACAACUCAGAAGAAUAACCAGCAGCAGAGUAAAGGCACUAACUGGUGA